GUUUUUACAAAGAAGAAGGUGGUGGAUUUACAGAUUUAAGCAACAAAAAAACCCUAAAUCAUUGACCUCUGAGACCAGUGAUCCUUCAAAACACGAGCGACAUCCCUCUCUCUCGAAAAUGAAAUAUCGCUGAGGAAUCCAGCAUGAACUUGGACUCAAAGACAAAACUAUGAGUUCAAGACUUAAUCCACCCCCUCGCGCUGUGAAGACGAGCGGUGGCAAACUGGAGACUUUAUUGAGGGGCGCGAGCCCCUCUCAGCCAAUGAUCGGCGACACGCCUAACGAGCCCGUGAGCCUCGCCCAGCGUCAAACAAGCACAGGUGUUCUUAACAUGGCAAAUUGUAAACACAGACGCAUCAAGAGGCCAAUGAAUGCAUUCCUGGUUUAUGCAAGGACACAUCGGCCUAUUUUGUCCAAGACGUGUCCAAACGCCACCGCUGCAGAGAUCACCUUGAAGCUUGGGAUUGAGUGGAGAAAACUAAGUGAUGAGCAGAAGGUUCCCUACUUUGCAGAGUCACUGAGGCUUAAAUGGGAACAUCAACAACAGUUUCCUGAUUGGGAAUAUAAUCCACGACCGCGGAAGAAAAAGCGAGUUAACCCAGAAGUGGCACCUCCAAAACCUACAUCUUGCACCUCACCAGCCAUAGCCCAGACUCUUACUCAGAGUUCUGUUCCUCAUGACAUCCCUGUAGCAUCACUCAACAACUCAACCUCGAACAACUCCACCGUGAAGAUAACCCUAAUGCUGUCUAGCUCUGCCUGUUUAGACCAACAAGUACCGAUCUUUCCGGGAGGAUCCCUCUUUGCUUCACCUCCAGCUGCUCCAAUGUCCCGUAUGCCUGGACCUUCAUUCCCGGGGACCAGCGCCUUGGAUUCUCCUGACACCUUUGUCCUGGAUGACGAUGAUAUUUCUGCCUUAGACAAUUAUCUUUCCACUACAAAGACCCACAACACAGACACAUAUCUUUUAAGUUGUUUACCAGUCCUGGACAAACAAGCAUUGGAGGAUGUGUUAAAGAGCCUUCCUCAGGGGUUGGAGACUUAAAAGUUCCAGGAGAUGGUCUUUAACCCUUUAAACUAAAGUGGCAUGGAUCUGUGCCAGCAAUACAGUAUGUGUCAAUGACCAUUAAAAAAAAACAGCUGUUUAUAUGGAAGCACUGCAGGUGUGUGUUAAUGGGGAGGCUUCAAACUGUGCAUUUCGGUUUUUGGAUAUGUUAGAACCAAAGUCAUCAUUACUUUUAAAACACGUUAAUUUGACCACGACAGGAAUAUGGGAAUGAUGUAAAAAAAAAAAAAAAAGCGAAUUCACCAAAUGCUUGUAAUAUUAUUCAUUUUGCUUAUUAUAAAACAACUGAAAACAAAAAUAAAAAGAUGUGUUCAUAUGUACUUGUGCUAUUUGCUUGCCUAUGAGACAUAUUUGUUAAUCUUUUUGUUAGUCAUGCUUGUAUAGUUGGUUAAAAUAAAAAAAAGCUUGCACAAACUUAAACCUUUACAUAUUUAUUAAACCAUA